UCACCACUUGGGUCACCACUUGGGUCACCACUUUGGUCACCACUUGUCUCACCACUAGGUGCACCAUGCCUCUGAACGAGGCUGACUGUGCAGUCACCUACAAGAUACUCGUCAUCGGCGACCAUGACGUCGGCAAGACGUCACUACUGACGUCACUAACAGGACGUGAGUUCUCUGAAACAAACCGACCGACCGUUGGUGUAGACUUUGUGAGGAAAAUUUUUGAAGUUGACGGGGCUCUAGUGCAGUUACAAAUUUGGGACACUUCCGGUUUGGAGAAGUUUCGGUCCAUCACAAAAUCCCAGUACAAGGAUGUACACGGUUUCUUCUUGGUGUAUGACGUCACUAGCUUGCUGUCGUUUGAAGCAUUGGCGUACUGGAUGAGUAGUUUGGACCCAUGUGACAGACACGGCAAGUAUGAGCCAACACCUGUUGUCCUGUGUGGCAACAAGACUGACCUGGUCAGUCAGAAGAAGGUCUCAACAUCACAAGCCCAACAGUUUGCCAACAAAGAAAUGGCGUUUGGGUUUUUUGAAACCAGCGCCAGAUCUGGUGAAAAUGUGUUCGCAGCUUUUCAGUAUUUGGCGUAUCACGUGACUGACAUUUGUGACCCUAAGCUGAUGAAGUCCUAUCACCCAUUCUUGAUCCGAAGAAAAUCAAAAUAUAUAAACAGUUUACAUAAGCCUCCAGCGUUACGAGAUUUCUACGUGAAGAAAAAAAAAUCCAAACAAAAACAAAAUAACAAUGUUUACAACCAGGAUGUGUCCUUGACCCUGAGUGAAGAACAAAGUACUGAUACACAACAAAGUCAGCACAUGAACUCGAUAAAUUGUCAACCAUUCAAGUUGGAUAACUCUGCCGAGCUUUCAGAAAUAGGGAACUCUUCAAGUGAAAGAACAAAGAAAUGUAAAUCUAGUUCUAGGUCCAGCAGUUGGUGUUGUUUUGGGAGGAGGAAAAAAGUCAAAUGAUGACAAGUGUAGGGUUCAUGGGGGUCUAGCAUGUUGUGGUGUAGGGUUCAUGGGGGUCUAGCAUGUUGUGGUGUAGGGUUCAUAGGGGUCUAGCAUGUGGUGGUGUAGGGUUCAUGGGGGUCUAGCAUGUGGUGAUGUAGGGUUCAUGGGGGUCUAGCAUGUGGUGAUGUAGGAUUCAUGGGGGUCUAGCAUGUGGUGAUGUAGGGUUCAUGGGGGUCUAGCAUGUGGUGAUGUAGGGUUCAUGGGGGGUCUAGCAUGUGGUGAUGUAGGGUUCAUGGGGGUCUAGCAUGAGGUUGUCAAUAUAUGGUGAGCCAAUAUGUGGUAGUCAAUGUGAAGUAUGUCAAAAAGCUGGGUAAAACAACUAAACUUCAGUACUGUGGUUACUUGAAUGGAGAAUUGAAGCUCUACAUCUGACAGUGCAUUCAAUGAGAACACUUUAAUUUGCCAACUGGUGUAUCUAGAAAGAUUAAGCUAUAGUUGUACUCUGACAUGCAAAUCAGAAAAAAAAUAGUUGUUUGUAAGUAAAUAAAC